UAAUAAUGAGAGAAGUUAGGCAUUUAACGACAAAAAGAAUGAUUUAUCGAUCCUUUCUACGCACGAUGUUCAUCACAAUUCAACAUACAAAAGAACUAUAACCAAAAUAGUUAAUUAAUAUAAAAAUGCCUAAUGAGAGGCCUAUGCUAAUUAUCAAGAAGAAACGAAAACUUUGUAUUCCUCAAAAUUUAAAUAUCUCUCAUUGUUGGAAUAUUAUUGAACCGAUUAUCGCUCAAGAAAUCGCACCUGACUACACUUUGAUUCCGAAUUACUUUGACACAAAUGCAUAUAAAAUUGGAUAUAUUUUUGUGCCAACAAGCACACAAAUAAAAUGUUUCCGCCUCGUGUCAGUGUUGAAAAUACUCGGACCAAUUCACAAUUUUGUGGUGAAAAGCAAGACGAACACCAAGUGGCUUGAUAAGACAUUUCAUAGCGUACGAACGUCUGGAGAUCAAAUGAACUUUCGUAUAAUUCUCGAGAGUGGAAAAAAUAAGCUGACUUUUACUGGUUAUGAUUAUUAUUUUCUCAGUAAAGCACACGAUAUGCUGACCCAAGGAAACGUGACGAUAGAUCGCACAUCUCAUAAAGAUUUAUCAAAUGUUACAUGGAUUGGACUAAUAACACACGUAGUUGUUACAAAAACCUCUGAGUUACAUAUUAUUAAAGAUACACGUGAAAGAAUGCUGCACAUAGGCGAACAUGAACAUACUAUUCUUUUUAAAUACGAAAUAUGUAAACUCGAUCAGUACGGCGUCGUAAUACAAUCUGAAACGAAGAAAAUACGCUGUAAAUGGUUGCCAAUGGGAGAUAAAAAAUCAGACAGUCUUCCAUUAAAUGAACUCCAAAGGUUAUCUGACAAAACAUGAUAGCCCCUUUUGCUGGAAACAAAAGAUAUAUUUAUAUUCAAGGUUCUUUCUUGUAACUUUUUGCCAUUAUAU